AGUUCCUACACGAUGCUCGCCGAUUCGUUCUCAAAAACCGGCACAUUGCAGAAGCCGCACCGUCUCAGCUAUAUUUAUCUGCGUUGAUGUUUUGUCCAACAAGCUCGAUUAUUAGAGGAUUGUUCGCAAACGAGCUGACGGAUUGGUCUCUAUUCCCCGAAGCCGAAGAGUUUUGGGGUGCGGAGUUACAGACCCUAGAAGGCCAUGCUGAUGAAGUUUACUCAUUAUGUGCCUCAUCGCAUGGCCAGCGAUUGGCUUCUGGUUGCCGAGACGGGACUAUAAAACUGUGGGACUCUGCCACAGGGCAGCUGCAGCAAACCCUUUCUGGCCAUUCUGAUACAGUUAGGUUGGUCAACUUCUCACAUGAUAACCAACUACUGGUAUCUGCGUCAGUUGAUGAGAUCAUCAAGCUAUGGGAUGCAACUACCGGUGAACUGCAAGAGACCUUUGAGAACCAUCCCACUUGGUUAUACACUGUUGUUUUCUCACCAGAUAGUCAACAGCUCGUGUCAUACUCAGAAAAUGGGACUAUGAAUAUGAAGAUCUGGGAAGCUACCGAAAGAAAACCUUUGCAGACCUUGAAGGAGCGUCCUGGUCCAGUUGACUCAAUUGCCUUUUCACCAGAUGGUCAGGAAGUGGGUUCUGGAUUAGAAGAUCACACUUUCAAGCCCUUGGAUUUUGACUUGAGGCAGCGCCUACAGACUCUUGGGGAAGGAUCUGGCUCGAUUGGGAAUGUUAGCUUUUCCCCAGAUGGUCAGAAACUCGCAUCCAGCUCAGAGGAUGGCAUCAUCACGCUCUGGGUUCCAACUGCAGAUACGCUACAGCCUGUGAAAAAAAUCCAAGCCAGAGGGCCUGCGUUGCUUGAGUUUUCGCCGGAUGGCCAAAAGUUGGCAGCCGCCUCAAAUGACAUCGUCGAGUUAUGGAAUAUAGAGAAAGGGGUGGUUGAGGGGACUUGUGAUGGCCGGUCUCACAGACCAGGUGAACAUGGUCGAAUAACCUCACUCAGCUUCUCCCCUGAUGGCAAACACCUAGCCUUUGACCCUUUUGACAAGACUAUUAGGGUCUGGGGUUUGACAGAUGAUCCGCCAAAGAUACUUUCAGGUCAUACUAGAAGGGUUACCUCAUUCGUGUUUCUACCAGGCUGUCAACAGUUGGCAUCCGCUUCUGAGGAUAGAACCAUCAAAAUUUGGGACCUUACUGCAGGCAAGUCCCAGCAAUCCACAAACGAGAAGAGUUUCUCGGGCUCCACCAGGUCAAUUGCUUUCUCGCCUGAUGGCCAGCAAUUGGCAAGUGGUCUCACUGACGGAACCAUCAAGCUCUGGAAUCUCACCACUGGUGAGAUGAAGCCAAUUCGGAACGCCCAUGAUGAUGCCGUACAGUCUGUUGCAUUCUCCGUAAAAGGCUACCACCGACUUGUACUGGCAUCUGGCUCAGACACGACAAUCAAGCUUUGGGACCCUAAAACGGGUCAGAAAGCGUGGCCCCUCGGCCAGUUGCAUUCGGCAGGGGUUCGAUCACUUGGUUUCCUACCAGAUAACCGACUAGUAUCUGGCUGGAGCGAUGGAGCCAUCAAGGUCCGGAAUACCAAAAUCUGGGACAUCACUACAAGCGAUAUGACGAUCAGGGCUCAUGAUGCCUCAGUCGAGUCGAUCAGCUUCACGAAAGAUGGCCUGCUGGUUUCCGGCGCAUACGAUGGGACCUGUAGGCUCUGGGAUCUUGCACGUUCAGCAAACCAACCAGAGCAAGUCUUCGAGGGUGCCGUUGGUGAUUUUGAUGGGUCAAUACGAACAAUUUCCAUCUCACCAGGAGACCAGCAACUGGCAGGCAGCGCGCCGAACGGGCCUACUACUGUCUGGAACCUCAACCUCUCCAAAGAUCCAAAGGAUCCAAAGGAUCAACGUCGGCAGAUACAUGAGCGCCAUUCGAACUGGGUAUGGUCCAAAUCCGGAGCUGGUAUAUCUAUACUAGACGGCCAGUGGCUUUGUCUCAACGGUGAAAGGAAACUAUGGCUCCCAAAGCAGUAUCGCGCCGAUUGCAUUGCUACUAGCCAUGAGAGGAUUGCUCUAGGUCAUCCGUCUGGGGAUGUCUCCUUUAUCAUGAUGCCGCAAGCACAUGGUUGAUCUACCUGUGAUUCGGAAACCUGCGCCUUGAUGUUGGAAUCUCUUUCGAGGAACUCAGGCUUAGAUAGUCGCCAUCCAACCUCUUGCCUUCUUAUUGCUGUACGACAUCAGUAGCUACAGUCGACCGCAUCACGGCUGCGGAGGUCGAAAGAGACUAUGCCGGCAACAAUUUCUCUCGUCUCUUGAGUCGGAGUUGGCUCGGUCGCAUGGGCGGAAGCAGUGUUGUUUAUGCGCAGUAACGGGAUAGUGGAUACAAGCAAG